AUGCCCCAACUCUCCGGGGCAGGCGGCGGCGGUGGGGGGGACCCGGAACUCUGCGCCACGGACGAGAUGAUCCCCUUCAAGGACGAGGGCGAUCCUCAGAAGGAGAAGAUCUUCGCCGAGAUCAGUCACCCUGAAGAGGAAGGUGACUUAGCCGACAUCAAGUCUUCCUUGGUUAACGAAUCCGAAAUCAUCCCGGCGAGCAACGGACACGAGGUGGCCAGACAAGCACAAACCUCUCAGGAGUCGUACCAUGACAAGGCCAGAGAACAUCCUGAUGAUGGAAAGCAUCCAGAUGGAGGUCUCUACAGUAAGGGACCCUCUUAUUCGAGUUAUUCUGGAUACAUAAUGAUGCCAAAUAUGAAUAAUGACCCAUACAUGUCAAAUGGAUCUCUUUCGCCACCCAUCCCAAGAACAUCAAACAAAGUGCCCGUGGUGCAGCCAUCCCAUGCGGUCCAUCCUCUCACCCCCCUCAUCACGUACAGCGACGAGCACUUUUCUCCAGGAUCACACCCGUCACAUAUCCCAUCAGAUGUCAACUCCAAACAAGGCAUGUCCAGACAUCCUCCAGCUCCCGAGAUCCCUACGUUUUAUCCCCUGUCUCCAGGUGGCGUUGGACAGAUAACCCCACCUCUUGGCUGGCAAGGUCAGCCUGUAUAUCCCAUCACGGGAGGCUUCAGGCAGCCCUACCCAUCCUCACUGUCAGUCGACACUUCCAUGUCCAGGUUUUCUCAUCAUAUGAUUCCUGGUCCUCCUGGUCCCCACACAACUGGCAUCCCUCAUCCAGCCAUCGUAACGCCUCAGGUCAAACAGGAACACCCCCACACUGACAGUGACCUAAUGCACGUGAAGCCUCAGCAUGAACAGAGAAAGGAGCAGGAGCCAAAGAGACCUCACAUUAAAAAGCCUCUGAAUGCUUUUAUGUUAUACAUGAAAGAAAUGAGAGCGAAUGUCGUAGCUGAGUGUACUCUAAAGGAAAGUGCAGCUAUCAACCAGAUUCUAGGCAGAAGGUGGCAUGCCCUCUCUCGUGAAGAGCAGGCUAAAUAUUAUGAACUAGCGCGGAAGGAAAGACAGCUACAUAUGCAGCUCUAUCCAGGCUGGUCUGCAAGAGACAAUUAUGGUAAGAAGAAGAAGAGGAAGAGAGAGAAGCUACAGGAGUCCACAUCAGGUACAGGUCCAAGAAUGACAGCUGCCUACAUCUGAAACAUGGUGGAAAACGAAGCUCAUUCCCAACAUGCAAAGCCAAGGCAGCGACCCCGGGACCGCUCCUGGAGAUGGAAGCUUGUUGAAAACCCAGACUGUCUCCACGGC